AUGCCACCAAAAGGUUUGAGAAUGCCCAUCAACACGCUCAAGGGCACCUGGACGCGUGUGCUUGAUACCGACCGACUUCGACGCUCAUCGCAAGUCGUGUCAGUUAUUGACAACAGAGUAUGCAUCUUUGGUGGCGAAGUACUGCCUCGUCAACCGGUAGACGACAAGAUUGACGUCUUGUCGCUGAAGCCUGUUGCCGAUGGCAAGAUGUACCUCUUUUCGGGGCGCGGAGGCACUGACAUGGCCCCCAUUGAAGAGGAGGGUGAUUUGUGGGCAUUCGACCCGAGAGGCUCAUCAUGGUCAAAGGUGAAGCCGGCAGACACUUCCAAGCCACACCCGCCAGCAAGAAGCUAUCACUGCUCGACUACUGACGGCAAGUCGGCUAUCUACAUUCAUGCCGGCUGCCCUGAGAAAGGUCGUUUGUCAGAUCUCUGGAGAUUCGAUCUCUCUGAGCGCACUUGGACGCAACUUUCCGACGCCCCGGGACCGCCACGAGGAGGCGCUUCAGUAGCAUAUAGCAACGGCAAGCUCUACAGGAUGAAUGGCUUCGACGGCGAAACCGAGCAGGGUGGUAGCGUCGACGUUUACGACAUUGUAGCCAACUCCUGGUCUAGCGAGCCAUUCAAGGCUGAUGGAAACGACGGACCCGAAGCGCGGAGUGUAUGUGUCCUGCUACCAGUACGGCUAGCGGCGAAGGACAAGAUCUUGACGCUUUUUGGCGAGCACGAUCCGUCAUCUCUAGGCCAUGCUGGCGCAGGCAAGAUGCUCAGCGAUGUUUGGAUCUACGACAUCAGCGAAAGGUGGUGGACACAACUACAUCCUGAAGGUCCAGAUGGUGUUCCUGAUCCGCGUGGCUGGUUCGAUGCAGACGUUGUGAAGAGUCCGGAAGGCAACGACAGGAUCGUCGUGCACGGUGGGUUAGGAGAGAACAAUGGGCGCCUCUCGGAUGUUUGGCUUCUAUCGUUCUAG